UCUCUUCAGCCUCCCCAAUCGCCUCCAUCUCUCUCUCUUUCUGUAACUCCCCAAUCGCUUCCAUCUCUAUUUUCGGUCUCAACUCUGAACUUGCUCCCCCCUAUCUCUGCAACUCCCCAGUCGCCUCCAUCUCUAUUCUCGUUCUCAACUCUGAACUUGCCCCCCCUCUCUCUGCAACUCCCCAAUCGCCUCCAUCUCUAUUCUCGUUCGAAGAUGAGCCACGAAGCAGCUGAAUCUUCUGACUCGGGAGUCCCUCCAACUCGUAAAUCAGAGUGAAUUAACUCACUUCUUUUUUACUAUCAUUCUCAACUACUUCAUAAUCCAUGAUGUGAUCUGAGAUUGUUCACUGAGUUUGACGAUUUCGAAUAAUUAUUUUUAUGAAUUUUCAGAAAAUGUGGGAAGAAGGAUUUCUCGAUCGCAAUCUUAGAGCGCAAGAAAGCGGCGAAUCGACUCGUCGGGCGGUUAAUGACGACAACUCGGUGGUCGCGAUGCACCCUGAUACCAUGGAGAAGUUGCAGCUUUUCCGUGGAGAUACAAUCAUGAUCAAGUAUAUCCAGUUUAUUCAGGGCACUCACAGCCUUUUGUGAUUUAACUAAAGAAGGGAGUUUGGCUUAAGCUGCCACUUGAGAGAUCCGAGCUUGUUCCUAUAGCAGUAAAGGUCCAUUGGCCAAAAAGAAGCAAGAAGAAUGCUUUGUGGAGUUUUGGCCAUCAAAAAAAACAAGGCUGAAUUUCUAGCAGCAGUAGAUCCUGAACUUUGCUCGCCAUUUUGACCUAGCAAACUCAAGAACUGGACUUCCCUCAUAACAUGAAAGAUUUAGAGCUCUGAAUCAGCUUUCCAAAUCUUCAAACGGUUUGUAAUUCGGAGCUCGGAGCAGAGAGUUAUGGCCUUGUUACCAGAGGUGCGCAGAACUGCCUGGCAGCAAUGCAAUUCUGCCUUGAUCUUCAUUUUCGACCAACCAGACUUGAGAAUUGGGUCUUCAUCAAAACAUGAAGUUUUUAAAGCACUGAAUCAGCUCUCCAAAUCUUCAAACAGAUCAUCAUUCAGAGUUCGGGACACAAAGUUAUAGCAGUUUUACCAAAAUAGGUCAGCGCUGAGCAAGAGGAGAAUGUUGCACAUUGCACUAAGUUAGAGUGCUCGAGAUCACUUUUUGUGUGCUCGAAAAUCAGGCAGAUUGCACUCGGAAAUGGCUCAAUUUCAGCCACUUGCACAUUGGUUUCCUCAAUGCCAUCUUCCUUCUUUAUGAAGUGGUUGGAGGUGUUCCUUGGAGGAGAGAGAGAGGGUUUUGUUGGAGAAUAAAAAGCUACCAAAGGCCACACAUUUGCUAUCUUGAAUAUUUUAGCAAGAUAGAGGAGAGAGAAGAGAGCAAGGAGGAGGGUGUUCUUGAGUGCUACAGUAGGAGCACGAAAAUGGAGUCUUGGAUGGAGCUUCUUCCUUCUUCUAGCUUAGCAAUGGGUAACUAACUCUUUCUCUAGGGAGGUGAUGAAGUCCCUCCCUUGUAAGCAUGUCCUAGGAUAGUCUAUUUUGGGGAUUUACCAUGUAUAUUUUAUGGUCUUUUCAUAACCAAGAGCACCUCAUUUGUUGUAAUGAAUGUUGAUACAUGUAUGGAUGAUUUCUUUAAGUUGAUUAUCUUGUCUUAGAUGAUGUCUUAGAGUAAUCAUAUUGCAUGAGUUUUUCAUGGUGAGAGUGGAAGCAAGGUUAUGAAAUGGUUUCAUGGCAUGUUGAUAGGUGACCUUGAUAGACCAUUGCUUAGGAAAUCCUUUGAUGGUGUAUGCUUAAUCUCUAACUCCAUGUGCUUUAUCAUUUUGUCAAGAACUUGAUAGUCUCUCAUUUAAGUAAAUGUGUAUAAGCUACACCUUAGUUAGGUAGUCUAAGCAUGUUUAUCUUUUGAUGGAUUAUACUUGUUUGAGACCUAAUGUACCUCUUGAUUACUUAUAUGGCAACCAUGUGUUGCUAUGUAAGUCUUGACCAUCAUAUGUUGUUUUUCCCCAAAUUUAGGUCUAAUCUAGCAUAUGUAUAGGGAUGGAGGCGGAUUCACUUCCCUAGUCUCCUCUUCUUAAUCUUUUCAUCCUAAAUUCCUUGCAAAUUAGUGUUUUAUGCACUUUGAAUUCCUAAUUUAAGUGACAACAAACAAAACCUCUAUGAACACCCCUUCAUCAUCCUAAGAAUGACUCUAAACACUUAGGUUGCCUUAGACUAGCGCAGUCCCAGUGGUUCGACUUACCCGACCAAUAGCCCUAUUUUACAAUGAUUCGUGCUAUUGCGAAGGUUGAUGUUAGUUGAUCAACCGAUCAAUUUUUGGCGUCGUUGCCGGGGACUGCAAACGGUUUAGCUACCAAAGUUCUAGGGUUAAUUUUAGUUUGAUUGUGAAUAUUGUGUCUUGUGAAUACUCCUUGUGUAUUUUUGAUCAUCUUCGUGUUUGUGAGAUUCUAGGGACUCGAAACUCGCCGUGGGAACGCUAGCAAAUUGUGAGUCUAGAGGACCCCAGGUAAGUCUUGUGACUUCUAGUUUCGAAUUGUGGAUAUUGUGCAUGUGUUAAGCUUAGAAGUAGUUAAUUUAUUUGUGAAGCCCUUAUCGAGGCUAUUUUUGUUUUACUAUAUUGCAAAGCAUCGGUUCUUGUCGUGGCCAUUUAUUUCCUAUCUUGUUGAUAAUUGAGGAGAAAGGGAUCAUUGUAUGUGGAGUUGAUGAUAAAGAAUUGUUGUGUUGAUUAUGUUAUGUGUUGUUGAUGUUUAAGUCCUAGAUGGAGGGUAGUUAUCUUCCAACUCAAUUCUACACACCACAUGCGUUUUGUGCUUUUUGCUCUAGUAAUACACAUCAUACAAGAGAUUGUUUUCCAACGAGACAAUUCUCGGAUUUUUAUCUAGAGCAACCAAAUGCAAAUUUCUCUGAAUCGGGUAGUGAUCCAUACUUCAAUGGUUAUGACUCGGGUAGGGGAGAUCACCAAAAUUUCUUGUGGCAUGACAUGGAAAAUUCAGCCCCACAAUCUCAUGGGCAACAUUUUCAAGCCAAUUUUCAACCCAAUGAUCAUUAUUUCCAGCCCUCUUUUCCUUUUCCACCGUCUCCAUUGGAUGAGCUAAUUGUUGCUAACAAACAAAUGAUGGAGUCUAUGCACACACAAAUGAUGGACUCCAACAAUCAACUAUUGGCCUCCCUUGCUAGCAUGCAAUCCACAGUAGAGUCUAUCAAUCAAGUGGUACCAUAUCACCAGUCCCAAGUUAGUGCAAUGAUAGAUGACCAAAUAUCUCAAAUUCAACAAAGGAUUAAUGCUAAAAAUCAUGAAGAGGAGGAAACAUUUUCAUUUGAAUUUAUGGCCAAUCCAAAAGAAAAUUCUAUGAAUGAUGAGAUUACUCCUAGUAACUUUCAUCAUGAGAAUGAUCAAGUGGUUAUUACAUGUGAAAAUGAUGAAAUGGUGGUUGAAGAUCAAAUUGUUGCCACUCAUAAAAUGGAAGAAUUUGUGGUUAAAAAUGAGGAAAAAGAUGAUGAGAUUGCAUCCUUUAAAACUCCAGAACAACCCCUAAAUAAUCCUUUGCUCGAUGCACCUCCUUCAAUGGAGGAUCCUCUAAAAGCUUGUUUGGCUCAUUUCAAUUGUGAGGAUUUUAAUGUUGACAAUUCCAUUUCGGAGGUGAAUUCUUUGCUUAAUAUUCAUCCACCUAUUCAUUCUCUUCCUUGGUCAACAUCAAAUGUAUCUCUUUCUUGGGAGCUUGCAUCUCAUCCCAUUCCCUCAUUUGAGUUGUCUCAAGUUGUUGAGCCCAAACCGCCGGAUAAGUGUGAGGAGGAUGUUGAAAUUUUGAAGGACAAGUUGUCGAGCAUUCCCGUGCUCAAUAUGACCCUUCAAAAGCCUUUGCUAGGUGCACUCUCACCUACUCCAUCUUCCUAUAAUUCAAAUAAGCCCUAUAAUCCAAAGUUCUUCAUUGAGGAUGAAGAGUGGGUUGAGGUCUUUCCGCUACCUCUUUUCCACUUUUGUCUUCAAGCUCUUCCUCCUUCGCUUUUAAAAGAAUUAUCCUAUUUGGGGAAGCUUGAAUCUCUUGAGAGACAUGGUAUCGGGUAAGGAGGACUAACCUGAUCUCGGUGUGUCUAGCUAUCGAGAUUUUUGAGGAUUAGUACCUGCUCUAACUUCGUCUAGCUAUCGAUAUUAAAUUUAGCAAAGCAAGGGAGGCAAUUCUUUCAAUUUCCAAGCUUCCUUCUCUUUGAAAUUGCUCGUGCCUUGCAAAAUUUUCUGGGAAACGGUUUAGAAAAGCCAAAAAUUUGAUUUUUCUUAGACCUUCUCAACUCUAAUUUUCAUUCCCGGAAAUUUCCAUCGCUUCCUAGCAAUUUCAUCGGAUCUUGGGAAUGCUACUCAUGUGCAUAAUGUCUCAUUUGUAAUACAUUCUUGAAAAUUUUCGCAAAAUCAUCCAUUCAUUGAAAUUCUUACAUUGUUUAAAAUUUUUCCAUGCAUUUGCAAUGUUUAAAAUUUUUUCAAAAUUCCCCAUGCAUUGUCCCAUGCAAAAUUUCAAUUUCUUUCCAUGCAUGCAAAGCUUCAAAAAUCCAUCCAUGCAUUAGAUUGGAAUAAUGUGCAAAGUUUUAAAAUUUUCCAUGCAUGGCUUGAAUUGAAGCUGCUGCUUGCAAUGAUUUUUCAAUGCAUGGGAAUGACAUGAAAAAUUUUCGAUGCAUGGAAUGGCAUGCAAAGUUUUCAAAUAUUUUUCCAACUGCCAUGCAAAGCUUUAAAAAUCUUUCCAUGCAUGGGAAUGGCAUGCCAAGUUUAAAAAUUUUCCAUCCAUGCAUUGGAAUGGAAUGAAUUUGCAAAGUUCAAAAUUCAUCCAUACAUUGGAAAUGUGUUACAUUUUGAAAUUUUUUCCAAUUAUAUUCAUGCAUUAGCAAGAUGUUGCAAAGUUUGACACAUUUGUUUCAGCAAUUGCAUCCACUCAAAAUGCUCACUGGGCCAAGAUUCUAGUGCUCGAAUGAUCUAACCAAAAUUCCAUGAGCUACUACCCAUUUUGGAGCACUCUAAAUUCCAUUUGGAUUGCUCCAAAUGUCUUCACCAUCAAUCCCAAGCUCACUGCCCAUUUUUGGAGCACUCUAGCUUCCAUUUGGAUUGCUCCAAAUUACCACACCAACUUGCCGAAGUCACUACCUUCAUUUCGAGCAAUCUAGCUCCAUUUAGAGUGCUCCAAUUGUGAACCAAUCUUGCAUGCACCACUGCCCAAUUUUAGAGCGCUCUAAAUUCCAUUUGGAUUGCUCCAAAUUUCAGUCCUCACAGCCGAGCUCACCCCCGAGCCUACUGAGCCAUUUUCGAGCACUCUAAAUUCUAGUUUGAGUGCUCGAAUUUCAUGCACCAACCCACCCAACUCACUGCUCUCAGUUCAAGCACUCGCCGAUCCUAUUUGGAGUGCUCGAACUCCACCUUCUUUCUCUCUCCAUUGCCAACGCCCCGAGCACUCGUUGCCUCACCCUCAUCGCCUUCUCUUCCUCUCGGCCAUCUCAUCCAGGCCAACCCAAGCAUGCAACCACCCUUGCAUGCCAACUAACCACCACCCUACCCUCUCGGCAUCCACUCCUAUCUCCCUCCUUCAACCCACUCCACCAUGCAACCUCAAUCAAACACCAACACCACCAUCUUCUCUCUUCUCCAACCCACAACCUCCUCUAACAGCAUGCAUGCCAUCCCUCUCAACCAUCCCUCUCCCUACCAAGCUACACAACCAUGCCCCCUCAUCUCGGAAACUCCCAUGCAUGAACCCAAACCCAACCAACCUCCACCUUUUCUCUCUCUCAUUCAACACACCUAAUCACCAAUCUCUCUAUCUCAUCCACCAUGCAAUCCUUAUGCAACCUAAGCAACCCACACCUCAUUUCCCUCAGCUUCCAACACCAACCCCACCCUCUCGGCAUCUUGCAUACACCAUCAACUUCCACCACCUCAACCGACAAACUAACCUCUCAGCAACCUCUCAUCAUCCUCAACCAUGCAUGCCUUCCACGGCCACCCUCCCAACACAAUCCCAACCAUUCACAUCAACACCAUGCACACACCAACCAAACCGACCACCACCCCAACCUUCACCCCUCUCUCAUUCACCAACCAACCCUCACACAAGCCUUCUCUCUCUCGGCACCUUCACUCCCUAACCACCCACCACCCUUCACACUCAAUCAACCUCAUCCUCAAUUCCUCCACAACACCCUCAUGCAUGCCAUUCAAAAAAAAAAAAAAAUAAAUAAAUAAAUAAUGGCACACUUUUGGCAUUCUUUUGCUAUCCAUUUUACACUUGUGGCUAAUGUCUGCAUUUGUGUUUUGUUUGGAUUUUUAUCUUGCACUACAAUUCAGGUUAGUGUUUUUAAUUCUGUUUUGAUUUUUCUUAAGAGCCUAUGCUUUUACAUGUGUAUAUUAGUUGUGUUUUGACAGGUCUUCCUGUCCAAGUUUGGGGGACGCUUUUGCGCACUCACAUAGCUGAACAUCUACGUCGUCGUCACUCCACUUGGUAUUAUUGUUCUUUUCCCCCCCUUUUGGCUCUUAUUUUGGUAUGCUUGUCUUCACACCUUAAGGACAAUGUGUCAUUCAAGUUUGGGGGUGCAUUUAUACAUUUUUGGUUUCAUAAUUUUUGCUAAGCAAUGAUAGUAUAACUUGACACUUGUCGGAGAUGAAACAUAUGUUUAAUACCUUGUGUAUAGAAGCAAUUGAAAUUUUUGAAAAUAAAAAAAAAUUUGAGUUGAAAUGAUCAUGUGGAUUCAAAUCAGUCUAUAUAAAUGUCUCAAUUAGAUUCUCGCUGGAUUUGACACUCUUUUAAGCUUCACAAUGCACAGAUGCACAUUGGAAACUUAACUGUGAGGCACGCAACUUGAUUGACCUUGACCUUGGCUUAGUUAAUUUGAUUUGAUGAACCUGAUAGAUGAAUAUCUUUGGCAUGAUUUAAGUUAUCUAAAAAAAAAAAAAAACUGAGAAAGAAAGAAAAAAAUGACCAGUUGACGUUCGUAGCCUUUCCAACUCGAGCUAUUAAGCCCUAGGAGUGUCUCUACACUUAGCACCCUAAAGCCGUCUGGUUUGGGAGUUGUUGGCCUAACGCUUGCUACAAGGGUUGGUUAGAAAGCUUAAAGGACUUAAACAUUGUACGGUCAUUCAAAAAAAUUGUAAUAAACAUGGUUCGCUAGAGUUCGUAGCCUUUCCAACUUGAGCUAUUAAGCCCUUUGGAAUGUCUCUACACUUAACACCCUAAAGCCAUCUGGUUUGGGAGUUGUUGGCCUAACGCUUGCUACAAGGGUUGGUUAGAAAGUUUAAGGGACUUCAGCAUUGCACAACCAUUCUAUGUUUCGCUUAUGAGUUGCAAUAAAUUGUCAACAAGUAACAAAAGUUGUCUUGUAAAUAAAAUCAUGCCUUAGGGACCUCAUUUAAAGGGGAAUUCAAUGAUUUGAAAACUUGUGCUUGGGAAUUGGAAAAGAAUGUAAAAGCCGCAUGUUGAGAAUCCAAUUCACUUUCACUGAAGCUAGAGUUGAUUUCCAUUCAAGAGAUGAUAAUUGAGUUAUUUAUAUAGACUUUGAUGUUGAUGCAUGUAUGUGGAAAUGUAUUUAGCCAAUUUUUGUAUCAAUGCUUCAUAUAUGCAAGGUAGUUUUCCCAAUGACCCCAUCUCUAGUUUUUGUCUGUUUUAAGUUGUAUUUGAGCUAUGUAUCUAUUUUAUUUUACCAUGGUAGAUAUUUUUCUAGUAGCAGUCCCAUGUUUGUCAUUCCAUUGAGUUUUGCAUUUUGGUUUUGCUAAGGGACUAGCAAAAUGUAAGUUUGGGGGUGUGAUAAGCGCCGAAUAUUGUAUAUUCAAGCGCCCUAAAUUGCAUUAGUUAAGUUCUUUAUUUGUGUAUUUUAUAUAGAUUAUCUCCAAUUGUAUGUUUUUGCACAUUUUCAGGUCCAUUGGCCAAAAAGAAGCAAGAAGAAUGCUUUGUGGAGUUUUGGCCAUCAAAAGGCACAAGACUGAAUUUCUGGCAGCAGUAGAUCCUGAACUUUCCUCGCCAUUUUGACCUAGCAAACUCAAGAACUGGACUUCCCUCACAACAUGAAAGAUUUAGAUCUCUGAAUCAGCUUUCCAAAUCUUCAAACGGUUUGUCAUUCGGAGCUCGGAGCAGAGAGUUAUGGCCUUGUUACCAGAGGUGCGCAGAACUGCCUGGCAGCAAUGCAAUUCUGCCUUGAUCUUCAUUUUCGACCAACCAGACUUGAGAAUUGGGUCUUCAUCAAAACAUGAAGUUUUUAAAGCACUGAAUCAGCUCUCCAAAUAUUCAAACAGAUCAUCAUUCGGAGUUCGGGGCACAAAGUUAUAGCAGUUUUACAAAAAUAGGUCAGCGCUGAGCAAGAGGAGCAUGUUGCACAUUGCACUAAGUUAGAGUGCUCGAGAUCACUUUUCGAGUGCUCGAAAAUCAGGCAGAUUGCACUCAGAAAUGGCUCAAUUUCAGCCACUUGCACAUUGGUUUCCUCAAUGCCAUCUUCCUUCUUUAUGAAGUGGUUGGAGGUGUUCCUUGGAGGAGAGAGAGAGGGUUUUGUUGGAGAAUAAAAAGCUACCAAAGGCCACACAUUUGCUAUCUUGAAUAUUUUAGCAAGAUAGAGGAGAGAGAAGAGAGCAAGGAGGAGGGUGUUCUUGAGUGCUACAGUAGGAGCAUGAAAAUGAAGUCUUGGAUGGAGCUUCUUCCUUCUUCUAGCUUAGCAAUGGGUAACUAACUCUUUCUCUAGGGAGGUGAUGAAGUCCCUCCCUUGUAAGCAUGUCCUAGGAUAGUCUAUUUUGGGGAUUUGCCAUGUAUAUUUUAUGGUCUUUUCAUAACCAAGAGCACCUCAUUUGUUGUAAUGAAUGUUGAUACAUGUAUGGAUGAUUUCUUUAAGUUGAUUAUCUUGUCUUAGAUGAUGUCUUAGAGUAAUCAUAUUGCAUGAGUUUUUCAUGGUGAGAGUGGAAGCAAGGUUAUGAAAUGGUUUCAUGGCAUGUUGAUAGGUGACCUUGAUAGACCAUUGCUUAGGAAAUCCUUUGAUGGUGUAUGCUUAAUCUCUAACUCCAUGUGCUUUAUCAUUUUGUCAAGAACUUGAUAGUCUCUCAUUUAAGUAAAUGUGUAUAAGCUACACCUUAGUUAGGUAGUCUAAGCAUGUUUAUCUUUUGAUGGAUUAUACUUGUUUGAGACCUAAUGUACCUCUUGAUUACUUAUAUGGCAACCAUGUGUUGCUAUGUAAGUCUUGACCAUCAUAUGUUGUUUUUCCCCAAAUUUAGGUCUAAUCUAGCAUAUGUAUAGGGAUGGAGGCGGAUUCACUUCCCUAGUCUCCUCUUCUUAAUCUUUUCAUCCUAAAUUCCUUGCAAAUUAGUGUUUUAUGCACUUUGAAUUCCUAAUUUAAGUGACAACAAACAAAACCUCUAUGAACACCCCUUCAUCAUCCUAAGAAUGACUCUAAACACUUAGGUUGCCUUAGACUAGCGCAGUCCCAGUGGUUCGAC